GUUUAUAAGGUGUUACAGGUUUCUCGAUAAUGUCUUCUUGGGUAUAACUAUGUAUUGUUCAUGAAUUAUUAUAGUCUUCUUGAAAUGAUAAAAUUUAUUUCUGCAUUGUUUAGGGGCAUUGUUCUUAGUGUUUUAUCACCAGCAUAAAACUGGCUCAAAACUUGUUCGUAAAAAGUGAUUUUUUUGUUGUGCACUCUCUUUUAUCUGGUUUUCCCUGAAGGUGUCGAUUGGUCCGGGUUCCACAUAUGAUGUCGUUCUUUCUUGCAAUGUGAAGACGACCGGUAUCAAGCGUAAUGGCAUCGUGUUCAGUUUCUGCACGGAUUCAGCAAAGACGAAGCCCUUUGUGAUAGUUCGCUUUUUCGAACUUGUCUGCCGAGAUGACCGCUCUGAAAAAAAUAUUCUGGAGCCACUGAUCCCGUAUGAAUACCAGCUGCCAGUGCCAAGGCUUCCUGAUGCCAUGUACAUAAUUCCUGCCGAGUGCAUUGGAAGAGCAAAGUUGAGGCAAGGAUAUGAAGUUCCUGCAAUCUACAAGAUGUUCCACCAAUACUGCCUAAAGCCUUGGAGCGAAAUAAGUGAUCAAGAGCUGGUGCAACUAAACGACACCGUAAAGAAUUUGAAUGCUCCAUUGACCAAGGAUACUUACUGCCAGGCGCUGAAGGCCCUACUAUACCUUGAGGAAGUUCAGAUGAGUAUCGACAUCAGGACGUAUGACAUGGUUCAUGUCGUUCUGCAAGAAUGCGACUCCGAAUAUACCUUCGAGGUGCCUGGAGCAACUGAAGGACGCCCAUCAGUUAUGAAAGGAAAUAGAUUAUACAUUAGGCCCUCUUUAAGCAAUCCUAAUGCAGUAACCGAGUAUGAAGCAGUUGUGUCCAGCAUUGAUGGCUCAUCCGUCAAAGUCAGAGUUAGCGACAAGUUUAAGGACAUCUACAUCAAAGGAAUGAAGUUUGAUGUGCGCUUUACGUUCAAUCGAGUACCGUUGAUGCGGAUGCAUCGAGCUCUUGACUUGUGCAAAUUACGGAACCUGUGGAAUUUCAUUUUCCCUAACAUCAGCUCUUCACCAUCCAAACCGGCACUCGAACUAUCUGAUUUGAGGUUUUUCAACAAGAAGAUUCAAGAGAACCAAGAGCAGUCAAAAGCUGUCAGUGACAUGUUGUUAGGGUUGCACCGCCCUUAUCCGUAUCUUUUGUUUGGUCCUCCUGGCACAGGGAAGACAGUUACUUUAGUCGAGGCAAUCAAGCAGAUAUGCACGCUGAUCCCGUGCAGUCGCAUUCUUAUCACUGCUCCCUCGAACAGUGCUAGUGAUUUGUUAGCUGAGCGACUUUUGGACCAUAUAAUGCCAAUGCAAAUGCUUCGAUUGUACUCUGCUUCCGUCAACCCAGACAAGAUUUCAAAGAAACUCAAGCUCAAGAAAUGCUGUAAUGAUGUGGAAGCUGAUAGUGAGCACCGUUAUACUGCAUCGGAGUUGAAGAAAUACAGGAUAAUUGUUGCCACAUUGGUUACUUCAUUCAAGUUACUGUCGUUCUGUUUACCGCUCAACCAUUUUACCCAUGUGAUUGUGGAUGAGGCUGGCCAUGCUUUGGAACCAGAGUGUGUCAUCCCUCUCAUGGGGCUCAUGAAAGCUUGGAAUCCCAACCAGAGUGGCCCUGGGGGACACAUCAUUCUUGCCGGAGACCCUAUGCAGCUGGGGCCAGUGAUUAGGAACCGUCUCUGCUCAUCUUACAAUUUAGGCGUGUCACUACUGGAGCGCCUCAUUAAAAUGCCUUCGUACCAGCAGAAUGACAAUGGUUAUAUGAUGACAAAGUUGCUGAGAAACUUCAGAAGCCAUGCGGACAUACUCAAAGUUCCCAAUGAGAUGUUUUACAACAAUGAACUGAAGGUGUUUGCAGAUGAGAUGAUCACACAGAGCAUGUUGACAUGGGAUGCUCUGCCAACGAAGGGUGUGCCACUCCUUUUUCAUGGUGUGUGUGGAAAGGACAUGAGGGAGGGUAACAACCCCUCUUAUUUCAACCCGGAUGAAGUCAAAGUUGUGGUGGACUAUGUGAUAUCUCUGCUGGAUGGUAAAAAUGGAGUGCGAACCAAGGUUCGAGAGACUGACAUUGGAAUUGUUUCUCCGUACCGUAAGCAGGUACUAAAGAUCCGAAGUCUGCUUGAUAAGAGAGGCCACAAAGAUGUUAGCGUGGGUUCUACUGAGGAAUUUCAAGGCCAAGAACGUUUGAUUAUAAUCAUAACAACUGUUCGGAGCAACCGUAAUCUUGUUCAUGGUGAUGUGAGCCACAACCUGGGAUUUCUUCAAAACCCAAAGCGGUUCAAUGUGGCCUUGACAAGAGCAAAAGGACUUAUGGUGAUAGUUGGAAAUCCCUACACGCUCAGCGAGGAUCCCUGUUGGAACAGGAUUCUCGAGUUCUGCAUCGCCAAGAAAGCGUACAGGGGAAUGCCAUACAGACCAUCUAAAUGCCGUCCAAAGGUUUCCUACGAGUCCAAGCCCCAUCUCGAAAAAGUACCCGAUGAAACUGGUGAUAACAUUGUGAUCUCUCAGAAGACUCUACAAGAAGAACCACGGUGGAGGCAGGAACUGUGAUUAGCAGCCAUUUUUUGCUGUACAAUUCUUGAAGGUUUACUAUAUUUUUAUAAAGAUUUUUUUACCUGUUUUUAAUAAAGUGCAUGCCUCGGACAGUU